CUCUAAAGGCACGUCCAAUGAGGAGAUGGCAAGUCAUUUUUCAUCACCGUCUAAAAUAUAAAAAUAAGGAAAAGCCUAAAACAGGCCCGAUUAUAUUUUUUCUGAUUUUUACGUUGCUCUGCUCUUAAUUCCUUAACAUUUAAAGGGUUUUCUGCAACGAAAUUUUGUCUGCAUGAUAUGUGAAUUAUUUAUUAGCCUAUUUUUUUUAUCCAUGCAGCAAAAUGCUUUAAAAACAGCUGUAAAAUUACUUUAAUCCAGAUGAUUUUAAAGAACUUUUCACUAUAAAUUUUACGGGUAGAUAGUCGAUAGAAAUACGGCUAUAAUCUACUGCUGAAAUGUUUGCGGGGCAAAUCUCAGGUCAGUCUGAGCGCUCAUGGUACACACAGUGCGUCCAGCCGUACACCUGCAGGCGCCACUGACCACAAAUGACACAAGCAUGAAAUGAUGUCCCCGAGUAAGAACACAUCCUCUGAACGUUGAAGAACAGAAAGAAAAAAAAAAAACAGCAAGAGAUAAUGAGAGAGAGUACCAGUUCCUGCUGUAAUAAUGUUACACGUAAGUAGCGUUAGUUACGAUGACAUAAUAUUAUAAAUGGUAAAAUAACCAAAAUUAUUGUUCAAUCUUACUUGUGAAAGGUAAUCCCACGCGAUCUGGUAUCUGCGCGGGUUAUUGCAACAGUAAACUGCACAAAAUACGGGCAUAAAUUGCUCGCUCUCCGUUGACUCCGCUGCUAUCGUAGAGCGAGGAGACCCAAGCAAUAUGGCGGCGACGCUGGAAUACGUUCCAGCAUGUCAUGAGGCGUCUACGUAUAUUAUGUCUAUGGUAAAUCCCUGAUAACUUUUAAAAUGGAGUGAACACGGAGCAGUUUUUCCGUGAGCAGGAAUGGAAAACCCGGAGUGGAUCCCGAGCGGAGUGAACACCGAACGCUUCGAGCGGAGAGAGGAACGUGCUUUCACUCCACUCCAGGCUUUGAUCACACACCCCUCAGCAGACUGAAUACACCUCGUCUUUCCUUAAUUUAAGGGGGAACUAUGAUGUCACUUUGUAGGCGAAAACCCGGAAGCGAGUUAGCAUUUUAGCACUUCCGGUUCCAUCGUCCCAGAGUCAAUGGGUUUUUUGAAUGGGAUUUUGGUUAAAUCCCUAAAAUAAGGUCCGUGGUUCACACGGGCUCAAGAUACUUUCACGUUUUAUUCUACGACAUAAAACACACCAGUCACACCACACUCGUGAUUUUUUUAAACUGUUAGGUUUCUUAAAAAAGACGGUUGCUAACAAAUUGCUAAAUGGGACUACAGGUGCUGUCGGAGACAUUAAACGUCAUCACGCCGAACAGUAAAUUUAGUAUUUUGCAGUUGUAGUAUAAUUUAUGAUACAAUUAAUUUUAGGAUAACCAAUGAAUAGUUUACAGCAUUUUAUAUUGUUGUUCGACAAUGUUUUUUUGCUUUGCCCCCGAAAUGCGACAUGUCUUCGGAGGGAAGAAGCUCGUUUUAUCGUUUACUGAUGCGGAGACUCUGGGUUCAGACCACAAGUUCCCUGGCUUCCUCCCCCUUACUGGUUCUGCCUGGCUGUCUGACUCCCUGGCUCAGUGGACCCUCCUAGCCAGCCAACAUAGUCUUUGGAUUCAUGGCCUCAGCCUGAGACUUGCUCCACCUCAUCCCUUCAAGCCCAAGCUCCAAGCUUCAUCAUGGCUCCUCAUUCUCUGUGCUCCACCAUGGCCUUCAUCGGUGUCCAGAGACCAUAAAAGAGAGAUGAAUAGAAGCAGCAGUGGAUGGAGCAUAAUAGUUCACUUUGACUUGAUGACCUCCAUUCUGGGACAUCGGCCAACAGGCUUGUGUUAUGCAGAGUUUGGCGCCCGAGUGCCCAAGACUGGCUCUGCCUACCUGUACAGCUACGUCACUGUCGGAGAGGUGUGGGCCUUCAUCACCGGCUGGAACUUACUGUUGUCAUACAUCAUAGGGACAUCCAGUGUGGCGAGAGCAUGGAGUGGCACUUUUGAUGACUUGAUUGGAAAUAAGAUUGCCAAUUAUUUGAGUAAAAAUAUACCAAUGAAUUUACCUGGCCUCGCUCCCUAUCCAGACUUCUUUGCUGCUGGCCUUAUCCUGGUUUUGGCAGGUAUCCUUGCAUUUGGGGUGAAGGAGUCUGCCAUUGUCAAUAAGAUCUUCACAGCUAUAAAUAUGGUAGUUCUGGUUUUUGUCAUCAUUGCUGGAUUCAUCAAGGGUGACAUUGCAAACUGGCAGAUAACAGAGGAGGAAAUUUGGAACUACACAAUAACUGCAAAUCUCUCAACCUCAAAUGAAACUUUAUCCAGUUUUGGAACUGGAGGAUUCUUUCCCUUUGGUUUUGAGGGAACUUUUGCUGGAGCCGCAACCUGUUUUUAUGCCUUUGUGGGAUUUGACUGCAUUGCAACCACAGGUGAGGAGGUCAAAAACCCUCAGAAGUCUAUCCCUAUAGGAAUUGUGGCUUCUCUUCUCAUCUGUUUCUUGGCUUAUUUCGGCGUUUCGGCUACUCUCACCCUCAUGAUGCCCUACUACCAACUAAGUGUUCAGAGUCCCUUACCUGUAGCCUUCACCCAUGUGGGCUGGGAUCCUGCAAAGUAUGCUGUGGCUGUCGGAUCUUUGUGUGCUCUCUCAACAAGUCUGCUGGGGUCCAUGUUUCCUAUGCCCCGUGUGCUGUUUGCUAUGGCCAGAGAUGGACUGCUAUUCAAACCAUUGAGUAACAUGAGUUCCAGACAGAGCCCUGUCAUCGCCACACUUUCUUCUGGAGUAAUAGCAGCAAUAAUGGCCUUGGUGUUUGACCUGAAGGCUCUAGUAGACAUGAUGUCUAUUGGAACGCUCUUUGCCUACACCCUCGUAGCCAUCUGCAUCUUAAUUCUUCGGUACCAACCCGAGCUAGCUGAGAUCAGUGAGAAACCAGAAGUUCAGAAGAAAUGGAAUAUUUUUUGCCCCCCUAAAUAUGCAUCUGCUAAAAGUUCUAAAGUUGUGUCUAUGCUAACCAUAUUUACCAUUGUGUUUGCGGUUAUCCUGAGCGUGAUCAUCACAAAAGGUGUACAAGCUGGUCUGAUUGAGGAGUGGUGGAUGAUUCUGAUUAUCACUUUGGUUUUGGUGGCGUUUGUCAUUACUAUCAUUAUUAUUUGGCGACAGCCGCAGAAUGGAACCAAAGCUGCAUUUAUGGUCCCACUUCUGCCACUGCUCCCAAUUUUCAGUACAUUCAUCAAUGUCUACUUAAUGGUCCAGCUGGGGGGUGAAACUUGGAUUCGCUAUGCAGUGUGGAUGGCAGUGGGCUUGCUCAUCUACUUCUGUUAUGGAGUGCACUUCAGUGUACAGAAGAAACGGAACCAGUCCUCCAAACAUCCCAUCAGUGUUGAGACAAUUGAUGUUAAAAUGGAGGACAAGCAAAAAAUGGGAUCUACUACACCAACACUGCAAACCAAGUUUUAAAGCCAACAUUAAUGUCUAGUGCCUUGUUCCUGAGACAGAGAAACUGAUUUGUUUCGUACUGAAAUUUGAAUUAGUGUAAGGAUGAAUUUGUAACAAACUAUAAAACAUGAGGAGAGUACGAAACUUAAGAGUAAGGUUUUAUAUAUAUAUAUAUAUAUAUAUAUAUAUUAGAAUUAGUACCUCUGAAGAUACUGCCCCAGUGUCAGUAGUUAUUAAGCAGCUUUUAUUUUAUUAUAUAUUUAUUGUUAUUGUUACUAAUCAUAAAGCCUGUCGAUUACACAGAAAAUCAGGUACCACUAUUCAUCAAUCCAUGGCAUUUCUCUUUCUUUGCCACCACUGGUAUGUUCAAAAUGUAAAUGUUCAUUGGAAACAUGUAUAUAAAUGGCCUUAUCUACAAAAUAUCAUUGUACAACACCACACUAUUUAUAGUUAGUCAUUAUGCUUUGUGGAAAGAACUUUUUUUUUUUUUUUUUUUCUAGUUGAGCUUGUAGCGGUUGUCACUGUAAGUUAAAUUUCUUCAUAUGGCUCUACUGUGGGCAUGGCCUGUCUUAUGUAGCAUAAAAACUUUUUCCAGGCCUCUGUUAUGACUGUUAUUUAUCUCACCUGAAUGUACUCACCGUUGAAAAGCAUA